AUCGCGAUAACAGAAACUUAGCAUUGCUCCGAAACAUGUCGGAGAAAGCAGAGGUGGAUUUAACGGGUGCUAAGCAGAACACGGGUGUGUGGCUCGUAAAGGUACCAAAAUAUCUUUCUCAGCAAUGGGCCAAGGCAACCGGCCGAGGCGAGGUCGGGAAGCUCCGAAUCUGCAAGAAAGGAAAUCAAGGAAAAACAGAGGUUGCUUUCACUUUGAAUGAAGAGCUGACGGUGAUCGAAGGUCUGGAAGACAAGGCGGUGUCGGCUCCCCGCGAGCAUCCCUUCACCAUGCAGUCGGUGGGGGGUCAGAUGCUGGCGGUCUUCACAGAAACCUCAUCCGGCCAGUCAGAAGAAAGAUCUGAUGGCAGCAGCUCAGGUUCGGGGGCAGGUCCAGAUAAAAUAGCCUUGGAGGGCGUGGUGGUGCAGCGGGCCGAGUGCAGACCUGCUGUUAGUGAAAGCUACAUGAAGUUAAAGAAGCUACAGAUCGAAGAAUCCUCCAAACCAGCCCGGCUGUCCCAGCAGCUGGACAAGGCCGUCACCAACAACUACAGACCUGUGGCCAACCACGACUACAACCGUGAAUACGAGAGGAAAAAGAAGGAGGAGGGGAAGCGAGCACGAGCGGAGAAGCAGCAGGUGUUGGACAUGUUGUUCUCUGCUUUUGAGAAGCACCAGUACUACAACAUCAAAGACCUGGUGGACAUCACCAAACAGCCCGUGACGUACCUGAAGGAGAUCCUGCGGGACAUCGGCAUCUACAACGUGAAGGGAACUCACAAAAACACCUGGGAGCUCAAACCUGAGUACAGACACUACCAGGGGGAGGACAAGACUGAGGAUUAGUUUGUUUCUCUGCAGACGAUGGAAAGUGUAACGUUUCUCAUUUCGCCUGAUUUCUGCCKGUCUUUAAGGUGAAACUCCUCCAGACUCCAUGUUCAGUCUGAUGGACAGUGUUUGGGUCAAAAACUACAGUAUGUUUUGCUGUUCCCUUUUGUUUAAAAGGAAAGUUUUGGGUGUAAAAUACAGAUUUAAAUCUCAUUUGUGAAUUCCUGCUGAUUUAGGUUUGUUGAAAUUUUAAAUUUGACUUUGGUAAUAAAUUUUUUUUAGAA